CAGAAAUCAAAACAAACACUUCGGAGACACUCGAAAAGUCGGCACACGAACGUUUCUCUAGCAUUAGUUUUCGUUUCUUUAUCUCUCUUGAUUUGCAAGUACGUGCGAAUCGGUGCCGGUCGCGACCUUUGACCUGGCGAUUUGCACGAUGCGUCGAAUGGAAUGCGGGCCGAAGCGUUUUCAGCCGCGGUCUCGGUCGGCUCGGCGCUGAUUUUGAUCGUCGUCUCUCUACUCGGUGCCAAAAACGACCUGCGAAAAAUGGAGCCAGGGCCCGUAACUUCCUACCUGAGGCCCAGGGGUGCCCUGGCAAGAACCAUGUACGACCGGAUUGCCAACGACAAGGUUGUCGAAGAAUUUGACAAGAGAAAGUGGUACAUUUGCAACCUGGAGAUGAUACAAGACGAAAAACUGAGACAGGCGUUUGUGCAGCUCGAGAUGGACAAGGAGACGGAAUUGUUUUUGGAGAGCAGUUCGGACAAGUCGGAACGAAUCCUAUUGCAAAUGUGGCACACCUUGGUCAGCUCUCUUCUCAAAUGGUUCCUUACCAGAACUUCCAUUAAUGGAUUGCUCUCUCGUGGCUCGAUGUUUGUUUUUUCCGAGAGCCACUUUCGUCGGCUGCUUCCCCGCGUGCCGGGCGGCUGUCUGCUCGACCUGGGCGCAGGAGACGGUCUGAUCACCAACGUGAUGGCCCCAACCUUCAGCCAGGUGUUCGCCACCGAGGUGUCGCCCACCAUGCGCUACACUCUUGCACAAAGAGGCUACAAGGUGCUCGAAAUUGAAAACUGGUCAUCUAGAGGACCUUUUGACGUGAUCAGCUGCCUGAACUUACUUGAUCGAUGCAGCAAACCCUGGUCACUGCUGACUGAAAUUCGCAACAGCCUUGUGCCUGAUACGGGAAGACUGAUUGUUGCACUAGUCCUUCCAUUCCAACCAUAUGUAGAGGCAGAUUCUUGGGAUCACUCUCCAGAGGAAAACCUGAACAUUAAGGGAGAAACCUUUGAGGACCAAAUAAACUCGACCGCCCAAGUACUGCAGUCCGCAGGAUUCGAAAUCGAGCGCUGGACCCGACUGCCGUACCUGUGCGAAGGAGACUUGGGUCAGUCCUACUAUUGGCUGGACGAUGUUGUCUUUGUCCUGAAACCAGUCUGACCCCCGCAGUGCUGCUACUUUGACGUAUGAAUACGUGAUAACACAAUAUAUUGUAAGCUCUACUAAUUCCAGUCAAACGGAUUUAUAUCAUAUCUUCCAGUUAAAUUUAAAAAUUAAAUUUUUCUGCCUUUGGAAUUUUCCAAAAUAUCGUGUUUCUCAAAGCUUUUGCUGAAAUGUUGGAGUAGAGAUAGUUAUUGAAACUGCCAUUGUUACUUGACCAAUACUGACUCUCUAUCACAAAUUUUCUUCGUUCGUUGUUGUGAUAUACAUAUAAUAUUAUUACGAGUGAUGGGUGUCAAUGUUAAAACUCCACACUUGUAGCAUUUUGAACUCACAAAAGGUUUAUUCAAACAAUUGGUUGUGUACAUACAAGAUAACUUUAACAGUCUUGAAAAUAAUUCCGAAUAUCCUUAACCAAAAUCUAUAAAGUUUUGAUUAAAACCAUUUGUUAUUGCGAGCUUUUCAAAUAAAAAUGGAAAAAAGGGAAAUUAAGACUUGUACAUUUUAGCUCCAUUAUACUGUUUUUUCAUUUCUUGUACUGCAGCUGUUGAACUUUGU